GGGGCACAGCCUCACAGAGAGCCCAAGCCUGAAUCUCUGGUCCCAGAGACGCCGUAUCGCUGCCUUAACACUCCUCAGCCACCUUGGUGAGGGGACCGGGCCAACAGACAGGCUUCUGAGGCUCCUCAGGCUCGGGUCUCGCCCACCCCACGGAGCAGCCUAGCCAACUGCAAGCCCCACAGAGAACAAAGCCACUGACAUGACCUGCCCCUGGAAGUCUUUCUUCAGAAUCAAAUCAAAAGGCAACUUGAAGGAGGAAAAGGACAUUAACAACAAUGUGGGGAAAGCCCCCAUGGCCGUUCUCAGCCUAACAACACAGGAUGACCUUAAGAGUCACAGACCUGCCAAGCACCAAAAUGCUUCUCCCCAGCCCCUCACUGGGACAACACAGAAUGUUCCAAAAUCCCUGGACAAGGUGCACGUGCCUCCAUCGACCCGCCCACAGCAUGUGAAGAUCAAAAACUGGGGCAGUGGAGAGAUUUUGCAAGACACCCUUCACCACAAGGCUACGUCGGAUUUCACUUGCAGGUCUAAAUCUUGCUUGGGGUCCAUCAUGAACCCCAAGAAUUUGACCAGAGGACCCAGAGAUAAGCCCACGUCACUGGAGGAGCUUCUGCCUCAAGCCAUUGAGUUUAUCAACCAGUAUUAUGGCUCCUUCAAAGAGGCAAAAAUAGAGGAACAUCUGGCCAGGGUGGAAGCUGUAACAAAGGAGAUAGAAACAACAGGAACCUACCAGCUGACGCUGGAUGAGCUCAUCUUUGCCACCAAGCUGGCCUGGAGGAACGCCCCCCGCUGCAUUGGCAGGAUCCAGUGGGCCAACCUGCAGGUCUUUGAUGCCCGCAGCUGUAGCACUGCCCAGGACAUGUUCCAGCAUAUCUGCAGACAUGUGCUUUACGCCACCAACAAUGGCAACAUCAGGUCGGCCAUCACCGUGUUCCCCCAACGGAGCGAUGGGAAGCAUGACUUCCGGAUCUGGAACUCGCAGCUCAUCCGGUACGCUGGCUACCAGAUGCCCGAUGGCACCAUCAAGGGGGACCCUGCCAACUUGGAGUUCACUCAGCUGUGCAUCGACCUGGGCUGGAAACCCCGCCAUGGCCGUUUCGACGUGCUGCCUCUGGUCCUGCAGGCCGACGGUCGAGAUCCAGAGGUCUUUGAAAUCCCUCCUGACCUCGUGUUGGAGGUGAACAUGGAGCAUCCCAAGUACGAGUGGUUCCAGGAGCUGGGACUGAAGUGGUACGCGCUUCCUGCUGUAGCCAACAUGCUGCUGGAGGUGGGCGGCCUUGAAUUCCCAGCCUGCCCCUUCAAUGGUUGGUACAUGGGCACGGAGAUCGGAGUUCGAGACUUCUGUGACACACAGCGCUACAAUAUCCUGGAGGAAGUGGGCAGGCGGAUGGGCCUGGAGACCCACACACUGGCCUCCCUCUGGAAAGACCGGGCUGUCACGGAGAUCAAUGUGGCUGUGCUCCAUAGUUUCCAGAAGCAGAAUGUGACCAUCAUGGACCACCACACAGCUUCGGAGUCCUUCAUGAAGCACAUGCAGAAUGAGUACCGGGCCCGAGGAGGCUGCCCUGCAGACUGGAUUUGGCUGGUCCCCCCAGUCUCCGGGAGCAUCACCCCUGUGUUCCACCAGGAGAUGCUCAACUAUGUUCUGUCUCCAUUCUACUACUAUCAGCUCGAGCCCUGGAAGACCCACGUCUGGCAGGAUGGGACGCUGAGGCCCAGGAGGAGGGAAAUCCGCUUCAGAGUCUUGGUGAAAGUGGUGCUCUUUGCUUCCGUGUUGAUGCGCAAGGUCAUGGCUUCUCGGGUCAGAGCCACAGUCCUCUUUGCUACCGAGACAGGAAAGUCUGAAGCGCUAGCCCAGGACCUGGCAGCCUUGUUCAGCUACGCCUUCAACACCAAGGUUGUCUGCAUGAGCCAGUAUAAGGCAAGCAGCUUGGAAGAGGAGCAACUGCUGCUGGUGGUGACAAGCACUUUUGGGAACGGAGACUGCCCCAGCAAUGGGCAGACCCUGAAGAAAUCUCUGUUCAUGCUGAGAGAGCUCACCCACACCUUCAGGUAUGCUGUGUUCGGCUUGGGCUCCAGCAUGUACCCUCAGUUUUGCGCCUUCGCUCAUGACAUCGACCAGAAGCUGUCCCAGCUGGGAGCCUCUCAGCUUGCCCCGACAGGAGAAGGGGACGAGCUCAGCGGGCAGGAGGAUGCCUUCCGCAGCUGGGCUGUGCAAACCUUCCGGGCCGCCUGUGAGACGUUUAAUGUUCGAAGCAAACAUCACAUCCAGAUUCCGAAACGCUACACUUCCAACACAGUUUGGGAGCCACAACAAUACAGGCUCACCCAGAGCCCAGAGCCAUUAGACCUCAACAAAGCCCUCAGCAGUAUACAUGCCAAGAACGUGUUCACCAUGAGGCUGAAAUCCCAGCAGAAUCUGCAGAGUGGGAAGUCCAGCCGUACCACCCUCCUCGUUCAACUCUCCUUCGAGGGCAGCCAAGGCCCCAGCUACCUGCCUGGGGAACACCUUGGGAUUUUCCCAAGCAACCAGACUGCCCUGGUGCAGGGCAUCUUGGAGCGAGUUGUGGAUUGCCCUGCGCCACACCAAACUGUGUGCCUGGAGGUUAUGGAUGAGAAAGGCAGCUACUGGGUCAGAGACAAGAGGCUGCCCCCCUGCUCGCUCAGCCAAGCCCUCACCUACUUCCUGGACAUCACUACCCCGCCCACCCAGCUGCAGCUCCACAAGCUGGCCCGCCUGGCCACGGAAGAGGCCGACAGGCGGAGGCUGGAGGCCUUGUGUCAGCCCUCAGAGUACAACGGCUGGAAGCUGAGCAACAGCCCCACAUUUCUGGAGGUGCUGGAAGAGUUCCCGUCACUGCGUGUGCCUGCCACCUUCCUGCUCUCACAGCUCCCCAUACUGAAGCCCCGCUACUACUCCAUCAGCUCGUCCCAGGACCACACCCCCUCGGAGGUCCACCUCACUGUGGCCGUGGUCACCUACCGCACCCGAGAUGGUCAGGGUCCCCUGCAUCAUGGUGUCUGCAGCACUUGGAUCAGUAGCCUGAAGCCCCAGGAUCCUGUGCCCUGUUUCGUGCGAAGCGUCAGUGGCUUCCAGCUCCCAGAGGACCCCUCCCAGCCUUGCAUCCUCAUUGGGCCUGGCACGGGCAUUGCCCCCUUCCGAAGUUUCUGGCAGCAGCGGCUCCAUGACUCCCAACACAAAGGACUCAAAGGAGGCCGCAUGACCUUGGUGUUCGGGUGCCGGCACCCAGAAGAGGACCACAUCUAUCGAGAAGAGGUGCAGGAGAUGGUCCGCCGGGGAGUGCUGCACCAGGUGCACACAGGCUACUCCCGGCUGCCCGGCAAGCCCAAGGUCUACGUCCAAGACAUCCUGCAGAAGCAGCUGGCCAACGAGGUACUCAGCGUGCUGCACGCAGAGCAGGGCCACCUGUAUGUUUGUGGAGACGUGCGCAUGGCCCGGGAUGUGGCCGCCACGGUGAAGAAGCUGGUGGCCACCCAGCUGAACUUGAGUGAGGAGCAGGUUGAGGACUAUUUCUUCCGGCUCAAGAGCCAGAAACGUUAUCACGAAGACAUCUUCGGGGCAGUCUUUUCCUAUGGGGUGAAAAAGGGCAGCGCCUUGGAGCAGCCCAAAAGCACGAGGCUCUGACGGCCCAGGAGGAGUUACAGCUUCUGGCACAGAAUUCAGUGAUGGACUCAGCUCCCCGGCUGGCCAGAGGCCUGUCACGACAGAGAAACACAGUUUUCCCCCAACCCCUCACUCACUUCAUCCCUCUCUCACCCCCUGCCCCGUACCAAGUAGUGGACUACCUGAACUUCUCUGUCCUCUCCUCUCCUCUCCUCCUCUCUCCUCUUCUCUCCUUCCCUCCCCUCCCCUCUCCUUCCUUUCCCUCCCUUCUCCUCUUCUCUCCUCCUUCUUUUCUCUCCCUCUCCUUUCCUGGACCAUUGGAGCUGUGAGCAGAGAAAAACGAACCUCCUGAUUGAAGCACUUUGGGUGACCACCAGGAGGCGCCAUGCCACCCCUCUAAUAUUUAGCUACAUUAUGUACAGUUAUUUAUACUUUAUAUUUAAGAAAACAAAUAUCUUUGUCUACUCCCAAGGAGCACUUAGGCCUUCCCUGUAUAUUCCUCGAUGAAAAAUAUUUAUAUAAAAUGCAUUUUAUUUUAA